AUGUUGAUAUCGGCGGGCAGUGGCCCCACGCCCGAGUUCUCCCCUAUCUCGUGCUGCGCCCCCUGGAAGAUGGAGCCAGCACCCCCAGCCCCUGCUGCCAUCACACAGUCGCUCAACAUAUCACCCAACGUACCUGUAUCUCCAUCAUCGUCUGGCGGCGGAGCUGGCGGUGGGUCUGGCACUCCUCUGUACCCUGGCGCGGCCUCCCACCCUCUCUCCUCCCUGCUGUCACAACAGAGGCUACUGGAGCUCUCCCGCUUCGGGCUCCGACACUACGACAUCGCGCACCAUGUGCUGUCACAGCAAGGUGCUGUAACCAAGUUGCUUGGCACUCUUCGACCACCGGGUUUGAUCGGAGGCAGUAAGCCUAAAGUAGCGACUCCUGCCGUGGUCUCCAAGAUAGAACAGUACAAAAGAGAAAACCCCACCAUCUUUGCCUGGGAGAUUCGGGAAAGACUUAUUUCUGAAGGAGUCUGUACAAACGCUACUGCCCCCAGCGUAUCAUCAAUUAACAGGAUACUAAGGAACAGGGCUGCGGAACGAGCUGCUGCAGAGUUUGCGAGGGCUGCAGGCUAUGGGCUCUAUGCCGCUCCCCCUCCUUAUGGGGCAUUUCCUUGGGGAGGUGGUGGAGGAGUCUGGCCUCCUGGCUCACUACCCUUACCUCCUGGAGUACCGGGUCCACCAUCAGGAGUACCACACCCUGAUGUUAAUCAAGGAUUCCUAUCUUCCGGACGAGGAUUAAUAGAUGUAGAUGGUGACGACUCUGGCUCAUUAGACGGAGAACAACCGAAGUUCAGAAGAAACCGCACGACAUUUAGCCAAGACCAACUUGAAGAACUAGAGAAGGAAUUUGAAAAAUCUCAUUAUCCUUGCGUCUCUACACGAGAAAGACUAGCGUCUAAAACAUCAUUAUCAGAAGCACGAGUUCAGGUUUGGUUUUCCAACAGACGAGCCAAGUGGAGACGCCAUCAGCGCAUGAAUCUCCUGAAGCGCGGUGGCGGCUCGCCCCCGCACCGCCUCCCCCACUCCCCCUCCCGCUCCCGCUCCCGUUCUCGCUCCCUCUCUCCCACGCGCGUCUCUUAUCACACCCCGCAAAUGGGCGGAGAAAAUAGCGCAUUCAAAUCACUUUCGCACCAAGACACCAACGCCCUGAAGGCUUUUGCGCAUCAACAAUUCGAUGCAAACGCACUGAAAGCACUUUCACAGCAGACAGCGUUUGAUGGAAGCGCUUUUAAACCACACCCUGCGUUAGAGAAUAGCGCAUUUAAAUCACUAGUACCACAUUCAGCAGCUGCAGCAUUGUUAGCGGCACAGUCGAUCCAGUUAGCUCGUGGAUACGAAUCUCAUUCGGACUCGGACGAGGAGAUCAACGUGCACGACGAGAGUGACAACGAGGAGCGCACGACGAGGAGGUCGCGCUCGCCGAGCCCGUGCCGGCAGCGACCCACCUCCAGCGACCUACCACUACAACUCACUAAACACGAUCGUUGA